AUGACAUCGUUAUGGCAGCAAGUUUUUGCUUUAGAUGCUCGGAGUAAUGCUUAUAGGUUUCCCAAUGAUUCUAAUUUAAGGGCUUUAUACAUUCGUAGAAGAAGUCAGUUGUUAAAGGAAGCGUUUAAGGGUAAAAAUUUAUCGUUUAGAAAACAAUAUAUAAAAAUGAGAGCAUUUUUUUUACAACAAUACUAUGGUAUAAAUUUUGCAUUAGGCCCUGCUUAUGACCAAAUAAGCAUACGUAGCAAAAACAACAAAACUGUUAACAAGGCUAGUACUAUCAUGACAAAAAAUUUAAAUUCAAAAUAUGAAGAACCGUAUUCAUUAGUACCGACAAAAGAAGCAGAAGCAUCCAGAGCAAUAGUUGGUGGUACUUCAAUCUCAGAAAAUUAUGCAUUUGUUGGAGUUCAUCACAUAUUUGAUCAACAUAUAGCUUCUGUUGUUAUGGUGAAAUUUGCAAACAAUGAUAAAUCUCGAUUAUGUUGUGCCAGCAGUGAUGGUACAAUUUCUUUGUGCAAUGUUUCCAGUUCUCCUCCAGAAGUUGAUUUUAUACUUAGAGAACAUGAAAAAGCAGUAACUUGCUUUGACUGGUCACUUAAUAACGAUUUAGUAGUUAGUUGUUCUUUAGACUGCACUGUCAGAUUAUGGAAUUCAUAUUCGGGAAAAUGUUUGAGGGUCGUUCGAGAUGAAUCGAAUUCUGAAGUUCUUUGUUGCAUAUUUCAACCUGCAAAUAAUAACAUGAUAAUAGCAGGAAAUUCGAAAGGAGUAGUUUAUGUUUUAAAUGUAUCUGCUGGAAUUUAUCCAAAGGGAGGUUCGAACAAAGUCGGAGGAAGAAUUUUAUCAAUAGCAUGUGAUUCGAUGGGAAGCAAUGUUUGGGCAGGAAAUGAUAAAGGAAUCAUUACAUCUUUUCAAUUUGAAUCGGAAACAGGGAAACUUCACAAGAAAAAAAAAAUUAUCAUUGCCGAUAAUCGUCCUGUCACUUGCUUGUCAUGGAAAGCUUGGAUUAGUCGAGAAGCUAGAGAUCCAACACUUUUAGUAAAUUGUGCGGCAAAUGUUUUAUGCUUGUACAGGGUCGAAAACGCAGAAGGUGGUCUUAAAUUAAAAAAAAAAUUUAAUAUACGUCAUAAAUCCGAACUUUUAAGAUCGACAUUUUGUCCUAUGAUGUCAUUCAGGCAGGGUGCAUGCGUGGUUACAGGAAGCGAGGAUUCUUGCGUGUAUUUUAUCGAUAUAGAAAAAGAAGAAAAACCCAUUGUUAAUAAACUUCAGGGUCAUGCAUGUCCUGUUUUGGGUGUCAGUUUCAAUUACGAUGAAAGUUUAUUGGCAACCAGUGACGUUCAAGGAUUGGUCAUCAUUUGGAAAAGAGGAAAAUGA